GCCCUGAAUUCAGAUCUCCCUCGCUCUGCUACUUCCAUACGGAAAAUCCCAUAUAUACAGAAACAAAAGAAGAAGAAGAAGAAUAGUUAUAGGUAUGCAUAAAACAGCACAAUCAUGGUUUACGGGUGGACCAAGUAACGAUCUUGGAAAGACACAAUCAUCAUCCCUUUUAGCUGAUUGGAACGCUUACGCUGCAACACAAGAUGAGACUUCAUUAUCAUCAUCAUCUGAUUUUGGGUUCGAUCUUGAAGCUGCUCUUAGAGAUAAAGUCUCCGGUACUUUUAACGUGGUUUCUAAAGGUGUACGAGAUUUACCAGGAAGCUUCCAUUCCGCAACCAGCAAUGUCCCAUCUGGGAAGUCUCUUAUGUAUUUUGGCUUAUUUCUUGCAUCUGGUGUGUUUUUCAUCUUCAUCGCAUUUACUAUGUUCCUUCCUGUCAUGGUGCUGAUGCCUCAGAAAUUUGCUAUCUCCUUCACAAUUGGUUGUGCAUUUAUUAUUGGCUCGUUCUUCGCCCUCAAAGGUCCAAAGAAUCAGCUUACACACAUGACAUCAAAAGAGAGACUUCCUUUUACAGCGGUUUUUAUUGGCAGCAUGGUAGGGACUAUUUACGUCUCUAUGGUGCUUCAUAGUUAUAUUCUUUCUGUGCUCUUCUCAGUGAUACAGGUCCUUACUCUAUCUUAUUAUUGUAUCUCCUACUUCCCUGGAGGUUCAGCUGGGAUGAGAUUUCUUUCUUCAACCCUUACAUCCUCUAUUUUCAGAUGUUUAGGAAGGUGACGAGUUUCCCCUACUUUUAAGAAUAGCCCAAGUUUGAGAAAAUUGUGUACCUUUGAUGAUUUGUUUGAAUGAUAGAUGAUGAGAAGGGAAUCAAGAUUCAUUUUUGGCACAUGUUCUUGCCUUCGUUUUUGCGCAUUUGAAAUCUAUUAUUACAUAGUUGGAUUAGUUGUUGAUAUAGUUGAAUUGUUACAAUGAGCUGUAAGCCCAAAAUCUAAA